AUGAGUGAGGCAGCACAAGAACUGUCCACAGCAUCCCUCACCUCUACCGUAAUCACCCAAACCCUUGCUCCCCUUCCUGACCUCGAUACCAUCACCACCUCCUUCCACCUCGUCACUUCGGGCCAAGCUGAAGAUGCCUCUCAGAUCAAAGAAGCAAUUGGUCUGGGACUUGAGAAGGCAUUGCAAGUGCUUGGAGACGUGCUGGCAGUAGCAGAGGGAUCCGCCGAGGAAGAUGUUAAAGGAAUAGUGGGAGAGAGAGAGGCAGCGGUGGAGGCGUAUUUGGGGCUGGACGAGAUGAGGCGGCGGCUGGACACGUGGGAGUUGUUACAACCGUCUCCUGUCGCCAGUCCCAUUAUCGAGAAGAGUGUAGGGCUUGAUGAAGGGGAGAAGGAGAAGGAGGGCGAGGAGGAGAUUGAGCUGGACGAUCCUUGGGGAGAAGAUGAAGGCGAAGAGCGCACGACAAUCUUGGACGAUCCUUGGGCUGAGCAAUCACCAGAGAUUUCUACCAAAGAGGUCUCUGGAGCAGACGAAGAAGAAGAAUCUGAGCAGUCAGAGAUCGAGUCUCUCCCUCUGAGCCUCUUCCAAUUCCUUACUCAACCUCUCCCGCUAUCCGCCCUGGAGCUUGCAUCAGCAGUGGCUCUCGGAGCUCUACAAACGAUCUGUCAAAGACACUGGCAAGAGCUGUAUCCUUACCGUUUUUGCAUUCUGGAAGCUGUUCCGGGGUGGGUCCAGCCCAGCGAGCUCCUAGAGGUGGACUUGCUGCCAAAGCUCGGCGCAGAGGAUGUAGAGACUUGGGUGACACCGCUUGAAGCCGACGAAGCUCUCCCACCACCUCCUGCGAUAAUCAAGAGUCUGUAUAUCCCGUUGUCCCUCAGCGCAACGCCUGUUUCUCUCCCAUCCCGCCCAACGCCCAUGUCAAGCGAAGAUCUUGCCGGAUGGUACACCUCCCACACCCUGUCCCUAGACUCGCUAGGUCUACUUGAUAUCCAGCUCGCCUGGGUCCAGCAUGGUGCUUCCCUCGGCGUUCCUUCUCUGGACUCUCUAGGCGAAGACCUCUCCCUCUUGUCUAGGCUGGUAUACGACGGCAACCUCACUCACGAGCAACAUGCUCGCUGGAAUCUUGCCAGUUGGCGAUCAGCACAAGAGGACGAUAUCGUCAACGCCUACUUGUCUGGGUCAGUACCCGGGAGUAUCGCAGGCGACAUCCGGAGUCUUCUGAUGCCUUAUCUUUAUGUACUCGAAUCUCGAGCGGAAAGAGCUGGCAAACCGUCCGCCAAACUCGUAGAAGACUAUCUCAACUCUGCUAUCCUUUCUCUACCUCUUCACCUCGCUUUACCCGUCUUUGAAGCUUCCAAAGCCACCAUCCCAACAGCCGAGAGGAUCAUCAAGAACGAUCUCGAGGUUGCGCGCCUCGCCUUGGCCUGUUUGUAUGGCAGCCAAGAACGAGGGAGUGUCGUCUGGGGCAGCAUGUCGAGUAUAUUCGAGUGUCUGCCCGUUUGGGAGCUUACGGGAGCCGAUGCGGCGGAUGAGGAGCUCACCAGCACCACCAUCGACUCUAUAUCGGCUUUUGUACGUCCCUCGGCCUCUGCAACAGAACCGCCAACGAAGAAAGACCUUCUUAUUUUUUUCCGCCCGCUUCCCUUUGCCUCCUUGUCCAGAGCGCUGGAUAUCUUGGAUGUUCAACUGGAGAGCGGCGAGAUCCUCGCAAGGUGGGGCGUCGAACAACGGUUAGGUGAGCUCUUGGGCGUUACCGGCGACAAAAAGGAGCAAACAGAUCUGGCCAACAAACUGGUGAGGCAGGGCGGGAGCUCUUUGGCUGGUGCGAGGGAAGAGGGAUGGCGAAGGCUGUGGGAUGAUAUGCAAAGGCUCGCGAGUGGGGAGGGGCUACUGAAGGGAGCGCUGGGGACUUUGACGCUGCAAGAAAGGGGAAGAAUAUAUCUUGGCGGUCUUUUGAGCUCGGGUAACUUUGACAUUACUCGAAAGAUGAUCAAGAGGUUACAGGGUGAUGGAGCAGUUGAUGCCGUCAUUAUCGAGAAAGUCGUCUUGGAGGCGUCGAGAGAGUUUUAUAUCUCUGCCAAGAGCGGCAACUUGCACUCGGGCAACAUGAAGCUUGCAUAUGAUUGCCUGCUAGUGGCUCCCUCUUCAAAGGCAAUCACAUCCGAGAGAGAAUACAUCGAAGCCACCUCCCGCCUGUCCUCCUUCUCCUCAUUCAACAUCACACCCUCUCAAAUACGUGCGACUACAGAACCCCUGACCCUCAUCUCUGCCGUUCUCUGCGGCUCUUCCAGCGACGCCUACAGGUAUCCUGACCUCAUGCUCGACCUCGCCAGCAAACUUGGUUGCCGGAGUCAAGUGGAGAAGGGAUUGGUAUGGGGUAUGGUGGGCAGGUCUGCGGUCGAGAAUGAAGAUUGGGAGACGGGAAAGGGGGCAGUGGAGAGUAUGGCGACUGUCGCCCAGGAACGUGUGAUAAAGACGAAAGGGAAAGGCAAGGCAGCCGGGAAGGAUCUGGCUACUGCGGACCCCGAAGCCAAGCUCAUCGCAGAGACCUACACUUUGGCCCACUUGAUCGCCUCUCGUCCAGACUUUUCAGACAUCCCCACCAAAAGGGAAUUCAUCUCCAUCGCCCUCGAGCUGUGUCCUUCCGAGGCGAUCCCAUCUAUACUCGAAACUUUCAGACAAGUCGAGAGUGGACAAGCCAAGCUUGACCAAGCUGCAAAGAGACGGCGACUGGAGGGAAUCGAAGCUCCAAAGCUGCCUUAUGAGGCUUCAGCUCUGGGCGUGUCGGAAGAAGAACGAGUACUCGGUUCCCGCACUGCAGCGAAAGCUGCCAAGCUUGCUUUGGAUAUUGGCGGGCGCUUGACGAAUCGACAGCUCCCAUCGCCCUCGCUGUUGUCCGCUGCCACGCUAAGCUCACCGUUUGGCUCGAACGCCCUACUGCGGUCUUCAUCGAGAGAUUCCAGGGUGGAGAGUGACGGAGGUUCGGACGCUGGCUAUUCUGUGGGCACACCAGGCUCAACGGGCACAAGGGAGCUGUUCGAUCAUCUCGGGAGAGAGGAAGCUGAGAGGGUGAGGAAAGGCGCUAGGAGAGCUUUGGUCAGGGGAGUGGGCUGGCUACUUGGGGCAGACGAGAAUGAGAUAUCAGGGGCGGAUGAAGAGUAG